GGCCGCCCGCGCCCCCCGCGCCGCCCCAUGAGCCCGGCGCUGCGGCGGCGAAGGCGAGCAGCCUCUGCAUGGCCCCGGCUGUGGAGAUGACCACCGCGCCCACCGGGGUCCGCAGCGACGAGCCUCCCGCAUCCGCCUUCGGCAAACCCGGCGGCGGCCUCCCCGUCGCGGCGGCGAUGGGCGGGGAGGAGGAGAGCGACAAGCCCAAGGUCUCCCCGUCCCUCUUGCCGUUCAGCGUGGAGGCGCUCAUGGCCGAUCGCAGGAAGCCCGAGGGCGCCGGGGCGGCCGCUCGCUCCAGCCUCAGCCCCCGCCUGGGCGCCCUGACGGCGGAGGCGCCCGGCUCCCCGCUGCCCCUCGGCGGGCACUUCGCCGUCGGGGCGCUGGUCAAGCUGCCCGAGGACUCCCUCGCCAAGGCGGAGAGCCCCGAGAAGCAGGAGCGGAGCCCCUGGAUGCAAAGCCCGCGGUUCUCGCCGCCUCCCCCGAGGCGGCUGAGCCCCCCAGCCUGCACCCUGCGCAAGCACAAGACCAACAGGAAGCCCCGGACGCCCUUCACCACGGCGCAGCUCCUGGCCCUCGAGAGGAAGUUUCGGCAGAAGCAGUACCUGUCCAUCGCCGAGCGCGCCGAGUUCUCCAGCUCGCUCAGCCUCACCGAGACCCAGGUGAAGAUCUGGUUCCAGAACCGCCGUGCCAAGGCCAAGCGGCUCCAGGAGGCCGAGCUGGAGAAGCUGAAGAUGGCAGCCAAGCCCAUGCUCCCACCCGCUGCUUUCGGCAUCUCCUUUCCGCUGGGCAGCCCGGCCGUGGCCGGCGCCUCUUUGUACGGUGCCUCCAGCCCUUUCCAGCGGGCAGGGCUGCCCGUGGCUCCUGUGGGACUGUACACAGCGCAUGUGGGAUACAGCAUGUACCACCUCACAUAGAGCCGAGCCCAGCCUGCUGGCCGGCCGCUCCCACCGGCCCUGCAAGCGCUCCCUCCCUGCUCCUCUUGGUUCCUUGCUGUGGACUUCCCCGCGGGCUCUGUGGCAGAGACUUCUCCAGUGCAGCUCUGCUUGGCCUCUGUUUCCCCUGGUGAUGCUGCCUCCCCGGCAAAGCGCCGUUCCGUUCUCUCCAGUAGUGCUGGAAGCUGCCCUGCUCUCCGGCUGGGAGAAACCUCGAGGCACGGCCCCAGCUCCUCCCUGGUGCAGGGCAGCGACGGGCCAGCCCUGCCCGGCCUCCCUGGAUUCGGCUGGCAGCCUGGGGAGAGGAACUUUGGAAGAGAAAUGGCUAAAAAGGGGGUUGAAACAUAGGACGUUUCUCGUGCUUUCUACAAGGCGAGCUCAAGAGGUGCGGAAAUGUAGAGCAGCCUCUCCCGUCCCUGUGUAACGGCAGCGUCUGUUACUUGUGUUUAUUCCUCCGCCAGCUCCUUUGGAAGGGGCACUGUGUACUAUGUAAUAUACUGUAUAUUUGAAAUUUUAUUAUCAUUUGUAUUAUAGCUAUAUUUGUUAAAUAAAUUAAUUUUAAGCUA